AAAACUCAAUAUGAAAUUUUACAUUUUGUUUAUUGCUUUGGUAAUGGCAGUAGUUCAAGUCAAGAGCGACAUGAAAGAGGAGCUACGCAAAGUGGAAAUGGCCUGUCGCCAAGAAAGCCAAGUCACUGAGGCUGACUGGGACAGUCUUUUUAAGGGUGGAUGGAAGGAAGAACCCAAGGAAAACUUUAAGUGUCACAUGAAGUGUGUUAUGGAAAAACAUGGCCAGUGGAAAAAUGGCGCCUUCGAUGAAAAUGCUGCCAAAAAGUAUUUGCAAGACAUACCAGCUUUAAAAGAUCAUCAGGAAAUUAUUGACCAGACCAUGGCUGAUUGUAAGACCAAGAAGGGCGGUAAUGAUUGUGAUACAGCCUAUUUGAUUACCAAAUGCUUUUUCGAACAUAAGCCUGAUAAUAUGUAAAGUAGGCUCUGAAUUAAGCUCUUGUUAUUGUUGUAUUAAAAGUUUUAAAAAAGAA